GGACAUCGGACUGCAAUAGCAUUGUUAGGUGAACAACAUUGAUCAUGGGGAAUAAUUUGAAGAAACGACGAUUUAUACCAGACAGACAACCGAAGACACCGAAAAGGGAAUUAAAAGAAAGUCAACAAGAUUCUUCUGCUAAAAUUGUGUCAGCAAUUGAGACACAAACAUCAAUUUUGAGUAGCGAUAUCAAGUCGUCUGAAACCAAUCUUGCUGCGCAAAUUGCGAAAUCCGAAAUAGAUACACGGCUUACAGUUGAAGGCUAUGGACUAGCAUUGCAAGAAAAUCUACAAGAUGGUACUACGGAAAUUGUGUCACAAAUUAGGAAGCAUACAUCAUCUCUGAAUAGCGAAUUGAAAUCUUCUGAAAACAAUAUGUCUUCACUCAUUGAGAAAUCCGAAAUAUGUACACGACGUACACUCGAAGACACAGAAAUGGCUUUAAAAGAAAGUCAACAAGAUUGUACUACUGAGAUUUUGUCACAAACUGCAUCUCUGGGUAGAAAAAUUGAUCAUCUUAUGGACGUGACAAAACGUGUGAAUGCAGAUUGUUCAAAAGACAAAGACAUCGAGAAUAGAACAUCGGCGGGCCAAGACGAUUACUUUAAAAAAUGCCAGGAUUUUCGUGAACGGUUAAUAAAGUUCUAUACGACGACGAAGAAAACUGUGUCUGUUUCACCACUGAGGGAGGGUCGUGACAAACCCAUCUGGGAUGUUUUUGUGCAACCAAAAUUGAGCCACGUUACAAUAGAGAAAGAUGGAUCUCGAAAGAAAACGAGAAACUCGGUUGACCAAUACAAAGCCUUAUUUUAUAAAGAUGAAAUGCUCAGUAGUCGUGUAUUUGUUCAAGGAGAGCCGGGGAUGGGGAAAACUACAUUCCUCACUAAACUGGCUCUUGACUGGUGUGAUGCAGUGUCUGAGCACAAUCCUGAUCACAGGCCUACAUUUAGUGAUGUCGAUACAUUGAAGGAGUUCCGGUUUCUCUUUCAAAUAUCACUACGAGAUGCAAAGGAGCAGCGGGAGGUUAUAGAUAUGAUUAAAACACAAAUUAUCGACAUGAUAUACCCUGGUGAAGUAAAACGUGAAGAGACCGUUAAGCUUUUACCACAUAUCCUAGAACGAGAGACAUACAUCGUUUCUAUGGAUGGGCUUAACGAAUGGGUUGAUCGUUUUAAUCAAUUUGUUAUACCGUUACUUGCACAAUGGCAUUCAAAGUGUGUGUCCAUUAUUACAUCACGGCCAUGGAAAAUGGCGGAUGAGCGAAUCAAAGAUUCUGAAAUAAAAAAAUUAAUAGAAGUUGAAGGAAUAAUUGAUACAGAAGAACUAGCAAAUAAAAUUAUAAACAGUCUUCAAACUGGUAAUGUGAAGACAACCCCUGAAUUCAUGAAGUACGUGAACGAAUGUCAAUUUGGGAAUUUGUUGAAGUCACCCUGGCUGCAAACUCUGUUAGUCAAUUGUUGGAUGAACAAGAUGGAAUUGAGUGGCUCCUUGUGUGAAAUAAAUUGUAUUUUAAUAGACACACUUUUUAAAAAUGCACUAGCGGAAAAGGGAUAUUUUCAAAAAGGAAAUUCGUUUCAAUGUUUAACAAAUACAAGUUUUAUUCAGCGGCAGAUCAAUAUUUUUGAUGCACUUGCGAAUGUUGCAUUUAAUUGUACGUUUUCAUCGAGUAAAUCCCCAGUGUUCACCGAACGGGAAGUAUUGAAUCACAUGUCAGAAAAGCAGUUGAAAUUUUGUCUUGAUGCUGGUGUUUUAACGCAAAGAUACAGCUUCAAUAUAGCAGGUCAGAAUGCACAGUUUUCAUUUUUACACGAGACUUUACAGGAAUUUAUGGCUGCCUAUCAUAUCGCAAAUUCCAAGCAGGACCUUAUAAAACAGUUCCAAACCGGAUCUAAAUAUAAUGUUUUAGAGAUGAGCCAGACCAUAAUUUAUCUAUGUGGACUCGAUUGUAAAAAAGCUAAUACCUUUAUUAAUUGUCUGGUUGACGACGAGUUCCUCAAAGCCAUAAGCCACGGACUCAGCAUGUACAUUAAGGGAUUUUUUAAUCAGGAAAACUUAUUAGCAUCUCAGGAUGACAAUGGCACAAAAAGGAACGUUUUAAAAUUAAAUAAUGAUAACAUGGAUUACGACGCACGUUGCUUCGCACUAUCAGUCUUGUUCCGGCGCAUGAUCAUUGCUGGAUGCAUAGAAGCAGCUGCCAGCGGUGAAAAGGAAAUUUGCUUGAAUUGUAGAGACUUCAUAUUUAAUCAGAAUCUUACUGAGUCCGAUUCAAAUGCGUUAGAACAGCUUUUAUUGUACAACUGUGCAGAUGUGCGGUCACUUAUUGUAGAAAAUAAUUGUCUACAAAUAAGCGAAAUAUUGACAGUCAUACACAAAUCCAAACAUUGUCUUACACGUGUUAUGAUAAAAAUGACACCGGAAAUAAGUAAAGCAUUACAUCAUACGAGCAUACGGGAGCUGAACUGUAUCGGACAAUUUGACGUAUCAUCAUGUUCCUAUGUUCUGCCGUCCCUGUCUCAAUUAACAUAUUUGAGAAUAGAAGACACAAGCUUUUUGCAAGACAUAGCUCUUCCUGAAACAAUACAAAACAUUGCAUUGUCGAAAUGCGAAUGUUCAUCUGAAUGGCUGUGCAGCUUGUUGAUCACGCUCUCUUCAUUAGAUCAUCCUGUCGAGUGUGAUCUGUGGGAUGUUGUAUUGCAGUUAAGUGAAGACAUCCGUGGAAACGAAGCGCAUACACAUAUAUCGGACUUGCGAUCUCAAAUACUGUCACAUGACAUGUCCAAUGUUAAGAUAUUAGUGGAAAAUGACAGUAAGGAACUGUUUGAAAUAUUACGCGAUACUAGUAUUGGGAUCCUUGACCUGAGGACGGCUAAUUGUGCCUCAUUAGCAUCCGAGAUUCUUCACACGCUGAAUAAGCUAACUAAGCUUUAUUUGUGGGGAACCUAUACGGGUAGAUGUGAUCUGAGACUGCCUGCGUCAUUGCAAUUGCAUAUAACCAGUCUGAACAUAACUAAAAUAGAACACACCGACCUGCUUUCACAGACACUGCCCCAUCUCAACCACUUGCAGCAGCUAAGGAUUUGUUUGAACAAGUAUGAUAUGGAGAUGAAACUGCCAGAAUGGGUCGGCGGGGAGUCCGCUAUCGGCAAAUCCUUCAUCACGACAUUCUCAACGUCGGAAUGCUUCGGCAAAGUCGCUUUAUCCACUCGCAGGAACCUUCCGUACGGCCCGGAGUGUGUCCGCAGAAGCUUCACAAUCUCCUGCCAGUCCAGCUUGUCGUAG